UCACCUUAUUACGCCCUUUUACACACACAUCAACCACUGCCUUCCCUUCCCUUCAAUCAACACAACAUACCACUUCCUUUUUCCUCGAAUUGGAUCAAGAAAAAAAAAAAGCAUUUCUUAACUAGUCUUUUUUGUUUUCUUACUCAAAAAUGAACUUAAACUCCCCCCCUUCACAUUUUCCUAUGCACCAAAUUGACAAUGAUCAUGAGCAGCCCUUUCUCCCAAAUCAUUCCUCUUCUGUCUCUUGCCAUUUUUUCUUUGAUCCAACCCGGGAUCACGCCGGAUUCUAUGAUCACCACCAACUAUACCAACCUAGCCAUCAUAUAGCGGGUGAUCAGAACUAUGGGUACCACGGCGGAUCAGCAUACGAGACGAAAGGCGCGGACGACAGCAGCCUAAAUCUAACCCUAUGGAAGAAGGAAAGUGAUGAGCUUCAAAAUAGCAGCAACCCUAUGAGAUGGAUGUCUUCGAAGAUGAGGGUGAUGCAGAAGAUGAAGAAGACGGAUCAUGAUCGUGCUGCUGUGGUUAAGACAACAACAACGGCGCAGCAGCCUUCGUCGUCAUCUGUGGAGACUGAUCUCAGCAGCAACAGCUCCUCUUACAACAACAACAGUCCAAUUAGGGUUUGCUCCGACUGCAACACUACCAAGACCCCUUUAUGGAGAAGUGGUCCCAAAGGCCCUAAGUCGUUAUGCAACGCAUGUGGUAUAAGGCAGAGGAAGGCCAGGCGCGCCAUGGCUGCAGCUGCUAACGGCGCCAGUCAGGAGCCGGUGGCGAAGAUCAAACUGCAGCAGAAAAGGAAGAGCGGGCAUGCCGCGUCACCGCUGAAGAAACGCUGCAAGACAGCAGUGACUGUGGCGGGUUCAGGUGGGAACGGGCAGAAGCGGAUUGGUUUCGAGGAUUUUUUGAUAAAUUUGAGCAAGAAUUUGGCGUUUCACAGAGUGUUUCCAGAGGAUGAGAAGGAUGCUGCGUUCUUGCUCAUGGCUCUAUCUUCUGGCCUCGUUAAUGGUUGAUUUUUUUUCAAUUCAAAUUUGGGAUCCAAUUAAUCAGAUUAGGGUUAAUUAAUGUGUGGGAGUGCUCUCUUUUUUUUGUGAUGGAUCUAGAUUAGGAGAUCAAGUGAGUGAGACUUUAUUCAUGUGUCUUUUUUUCUCCAUAUUUAAUAAGAAAUCAUGCAUAAUAAAUUUGUGUGGUGAUCUUAAUUUGUAAAACCUCUUGGGACAAGUUGAUAACCUAAUAUGGAUCUCUUGUUCACAUAUUUAUCCCAACUUAUUAUGUUUUAAUUUGAAUAUUCAAUCAAUAUUCAUGUCUGUAA